AAACCGGGACUACAUCCCCCAGGGUGCUCGGCGGCCGGGCGGGUUUCCGGUACCAGGCUGCUUCCGGCGGGGGAGUGAGGAUGCUGCGGCCUAAAGCUCUGACCCAGGUCCUGAGUCAGGCCAACACUGCGGGCGUCCAGAGCACCCUCCUGUUGAACAAUGAGGGUUCGUUGCUGGCCUACUCUGGUUAUGGCGACACCGACGCCCGGGUAACGGCCGCCAUCGCCAGCAACAUCUGGGCAGCGUACGCCAAGAACGGGCACCUGGCCUUCAACGAGGACCCGCUUCGGUUCAUCCUCAUGGACUGCAUGGAGGGCCGAGUGGCCAUCACGAGGGUGGCCAACCUGCUGCUGUGUAUGUACGCCCGUGAGACGGUGGGAUUCGGAAUGUUGCAGGCUAAGGCUGAGGCUUUAGUCCAGUACCUGGAGGAACCCCUCACCCAGGUGGCUGCAUCGUAGGUGAGGGGGGGACCAUUAAGGUGACGCUCCAGAAAAAUGGAGGCUCUUCGGGGUACAGCAGGGAAGGGGUUGUUUGAUUUAAGAGCGUCGUCUCAGAUCGGGUCGAAGGCCUUGUCUCAAACCGCCGGGGAUAAAUGUUUAGCUUGCUCUUUGUGAAACAAUAAACGUGUGGAGAAAAUGGGA